AGGUCCCACCAGUAGGGAGAGCAGUGCCUGUGAGUGUUUCUGGACCUCAAGCUCUUCUCACAGAGGGAGGGACGGAAAUGGAGUCCCCCUCAGUCCCUGCUCACAGAGGGUGCGUCCCCUGGCAGGGGCUCCUGCUGGCUGCCUCAAUCUUAACCCUCUGGAGCCUGCCCACCACUGCCCAGCUCACUAUUGAAUCAGUGCCGCCCAAUGCUGCCGAAGGGAAGGAUGUGCUUCUCCGUGUCCACAACCUGCCUGGGAAUCUAAUGGUCUGUAUCUGGUACAAAGGGGAAAAAAUAGACAGCAACCUUCGAAUUGCAUCAUAUACAGCACACACUCAAGCAGUUACCCUCGGCCCUGCAUACAGUCAACGAGAGACAAUGUACCCCAAUGGAUCUCUGCUGUUCCAGAAAGUCACCCUGCAGGACACAGGAUACUACACCCUAGUAGCCUUAGACAAAGAUGCUGAGAGCAUACAAGUAACUGGACAGCUCCGUGUAUACCAGCCAGUGGGGAAGCCAGCCCUCCAAGCCAGCAAUGCCACAGUCACAGAGCAUAAGGACGCCCUGGUCCUGACCUGCCUCACCAAUGACAGGGGCAUCUCCAUCCGGUGGCUCUUCAAGAACCAGAUUCUACCUCACAAGCACAGGAUGAAGCUGUCCCAGGACAACAACAUCCUCACCAUAGACCCCGUCAGGAGGGAGGACACUGGGAGCUUUCAGUGUGAGGUCUUCAACCCCAUCAGUUCCAGCAAGAGUGACCCUCUCAAGCUGGACGUACAAUAUGAUCCAACACUACCAAGUCCUGGCCUCUCAGUUGGGGCGAUGGCCGGCAUCGUGGUUGGCGUCCUGGCUGGCGUAGCUCUGGUAGCAGCGCUGGCGUACUUCCUGUAUGUCAGAAAGACUGGAGGAUCCAUGAAGUUACAUAUUCUUUGCUGAACUUCAGUGGCCAAGAAUCAAAGAAACCAACGUCAGCCUCCCCGUCCCCACCAGCUACAGAGCCAGUUUAUGCGGAAAUAAAAAAGAAGUAAUGCAACCAGCCCUGCUCACCACACUGCUGCCUGAUUCCAGUCUCAUCCCAUCACCAGGAGACCCCGUUGCCCUCAGGGAAAAGGAGAGGAUGCAACCACAACCCUGGAAGAGCACACCUGGAAAGUCUCUUUCACCCCCUCACUCUCAUGAGACAGCUCCAGGCUCCUGGUCACAGCCCCUCCCUUUGGUGCCAACGGGUGAAAGGGAGUCUGUAGGAAGCCCAGUCUUCCUUUUCAUUAAAUUUUGUCUCAUUAAAUUAGUACGAGAACCAACAAAGUCUAAAGGUAGCUUUUUAAAAAGCAAACUUCUGACUGAAUUAUUAAGAAGAAAUGAGAGUGAUCACAAUAAGCAAUAUUAGGAGUAAAAAAGGAAACAAUGACAGCAGGCAAUAGGAGGACAUCAGGAGCAUCCCUAUUGCAAAUAUUUGAAAGAUUAGAUUAAAAGAAAUAAAUACUUAGAAAAACAAAAUGAAAACAGAAGUGAGUCAAAAAGAAAGAAAAGUAUGAGUAGCUCUAUUAACCAAUAAAGAAACUGAGUUGGUAAUCCUUCCAAAAAAGGAUACGUAUAAUCUAGAUUAUUUGAUGGUGUUUUCCAAACAUUCAGAGAACAAUUAAUACUAAUCUUAUAAGUGCUCUUACAGAAAACAGAAGAGAGAGAACACUUCCCCAGCUGUUUUUGUGUGGCUAGUAUAAUCUUGUCCACGGAAUCAGAAGAAAGUUGCUAGGCAUGAGCAGAGCAGAGACAGAAAGGUACGGAGACUCACCAGGGCAGAAAGCUCCAGAAGACUAUUAAGGGGCACAAUUGAGAAAACAAGAACCUAUCCUCCCCUAGCAUAUCACUGGACAUGUGGUUGGACCUGGGAUCUUUCAUGUCUCUGGUCAGGCAAUUUAGACGCCCCUGACCAUUUCCUCCCAUAACAUAACAUCUAGGCGUCAGUUGAAUUUCAGCUCGAGGCCCAGAAAUGCAGAAAAGCCAGACAAGUGACACAGUGGCUGCCUAAAGACCUAUUACAUUGACUAAUGACCUCCUGCCUUGACAUCGUUCAAUCAGUGGAGAACAUGACCCUGAAAGAGCACACCUAGAAAGCUGAUGAAUAUUCCAUUAAGACCCUCCCCCAAGACCUCCCCCAAGAUUUCCACCUCCCAGAAAGAGAGACAUGUGCUCAGGAUAAAGGACCCAGUGUGCACUCUCCCUCCAAGGAGCAUGCCCUUCCCAUUCCCUCACAGGCACGUGUUCCCCAACCUCUGGGGAUCCCAUAAGACCUGCAACCAGGGGAGCAAUGGGCAGCGGCAGCUUGUCCCCAGCUAACCCCCUGCACUUCUCUCCAAGAACCCUUUUCUCUGACUUCUCAGAGUCAAAGCAGCCCAGCCUAGGCUUCUCUGUUGCUUCUUCUAUGCCCUUCCUUGUUUCACAGUCCUAAGUACAUUUUUGCUGCCAUCAUGGGGUACCAUGCCUUUUGCUCAGUACUGCGUAGUCCUUCCCCUUGCAUAUCCCCAUCUCCCGUCCCCUUUUCCUUAAGUAAAUUCCAUUUUCUUUAAUCACCAUCUGAGAUGGCUAUUUAGCCUGCCCGAGCACCACCCAUUUUAAUCUUUCAAAACCCCGAAAGGAAAAUAACAGGCUUAAUAUUCUUGUGUAUGAACAUCCUCAUGAACAGUAACACAAUCAGCAAUGAAUAAAAACGAUGACAUGCAGGAAAUGUGGGUUUAUUUCAGAAAGAGGUUAACAGUAUAAAAGUCACUGUAAUUCACAGCAUUAAAGGUUUAAAGGAGAAAAACCAUGUAACAUUUUCAAAAGACACUUUCAAGAAAAACUCUACCUAAAAUUCAGCCUCUCUUUGUUAAGAACUUACUAAGCCAGAAAUAAAAGGAACUUCCUUAAUCUGAAAAAGAGUGUUUACAAAAUGUUAUGGUAAAGUGUGGGCCAAACACUAAACACAAGGAGCUCAGGGGAGGCCUGGGUGGUGGCCUUGCAAACUCAGGGGCCUAAAGUGACCACAAAGGAUGGUGUGAAAUGAAAACUUUUAACUAAAAGCAGUUUAUGGCAGCUAGUAAUGUCAUAGGCUAGACUCUUCCUUAGCAAAAGUCAAUCUUGACCUUAACUGACCCUGUCUAAUGUCCUUUGCAUCUGCUAUAGCUUUCCUAUGGAAUGUCAGGAAAACUCCCCUUUCUUUUGACUGUUAAUUAUCCUGUACCCACCUAGUUAAAAGAUGUGAAACAUUUUACAUCCAGUCCCAGGGGUGCCCCCAUUUGCUUUUUCCCACCUCCCUAAUCUAUUACCAGUGGAUGUAAACUGUCCCACUUGCCUCUGGUCUUUUGAUUGAAAUGUAUAAAAUAAGAUGCAAAAUGGCCAUUUUCUGGAGCAUUGUCUCAAUCCAUGGAGAUUUUGCUCCCAAGCUAUUGUCGAUAGUUUAGCUCAAGUAAACUCACAAAAAUUCUUCACCAGUUUGGAGUUUCAUACUUUGACCUUUACUCGUUAUAGUGGGGCAGGAUUCCAAAGCAGUUUGCCCAGGACCACCCUGCAGACCCAGACCAAGUGCUAGGAUCCAGCAAAGGGUCCACUGAGCUCACUAACCCCCUGGCCCCCUAUCUGGUAAACUUGCUGAGUUGUCUCUUGGAUCCAGGACCUUCCCUUGCUUGUAGUAGAUGAUCUGACUUUAUUAGAGCUGUAUUUUAAAUCCGCAAGGUGGACCUAAGGUUAAGGGUUGACAGAAGCAAGGCUAAGGUGAGACACAAGGAAAAAUGGGUGGCUGUUUUUUUAACUCAGGCAUUUCAAUUGGAAUUGUUUUCUGAGAGUCUGAGCAAAAAACCUUCACUGUAUAAAUGAGAGCUGAAGUUGUUCAGCUCUGAAGAUCAGGGGCGCAUCCUCCCUCCAGCACAAAUCUCAGGUGUUCUUAAAGGCUCGGCAGGAGCCUUGACUUGCAGGUGAUUUAUAGAAAUGAGAAGAUUUAACUAGAAAUUAUAU